AUGUUUGUUGAAAGAUUAAAUUUCAGUUUAUUUUUAACUCCCGAUUAUAAUAUGAACAAACUAGUCGAAACGGCUACGAAAAUUGCUAUCCAAAAUUUCGAAUGGCGAUACAUUACUUUCGUCGUUUUCAAUUCAACGUUGUUGUAUGGCGUUGAAACUCUACUCCGUUUGUACGACAAAAGUUAUAUCAUUGGACAUGGGCUAUAUUACCCUCCUUACGCCGAAAAAACCAGGCAGUACAUUAUAUUCGGUACUAACAUUACAAACAUCGCUUUGCUCUUGGAUUGGAUGCAAUUACACCAAUUUGAUAAUACCGGAAAACACAUUGUUAUAUGCGAAUCGCAAGAAAAUCAACAAUGUAAUGAAGCGGAUGUUGUAGAACUUUUAUGGAAUCACAAAAUAACAGAUGUAGUUUUUCUUAAAAAUGGCGAUAAAAACGAAGUGCUUAGGUACUCUUAUUUUCCUUUGAUAGACGGGUGCAACAAUGUAAGACCAGUUAAAUUAAGCAAUCUGAACAACGAUGACAAUGAAACCAAUUACGACGAAAUGUUUCCAAUAAAGCUUCGAAAUUUGCACCGAUGUACCAUUACUAUAUCCGUAUACCAACAAGUGCCGUAUAUGACUGUCAAAGAUGGCGUCCCCACAGGCAUAGACGGAGAUUUACUCCGUAUUAUUAUGGAAGCAUUGAAUGCAACUCUCCGCAUAAUGAAUCCGCGCCGUGGCUCCGGUUGGGGUAAUCUCGACGAAAAUGGACAGUGGUUGGGAUCUCUUGGUGACGUGUACGACGACUUCGCAAAUUUCUCAAUGAGCUCUGCAGCAAUAACUGUGUCCAGAUUUUCAUACUUCCAAAUGUCUGUUGAUUACAACUAUGCCAAACUUGUUUGGAUUACUCACCCAGCCGCCUUGAUUCCCUCCUCGUUAAAAUUGCUUUAUCCAGUCCAAAUUUUGACACAAAUCGCAUUGGUAAUAAGUUUUAUACUCGUUGUUGCAGUCGCCUAUUUCGUUAGAAGUAAAUUGUGGGCUAAAAUAAGUAAAAAAUUAAGUAUGAAGCCACCACGGAUCAGUAUAGUUUUCUACGCCUGGUCAGUGUGUAUGGGUCUGCCGCUGAUAAAACUACCGUCACGACAAAGAAUUAUGGCCAUUUUUAUUUUAUGGGUGUGGUACUGUUUCUUAAUAAGAACUAUUUAUCAGGUCUGCCUUAUAUCUGUGCUACGAAGCAACUAUUAUUUUUCCGACUUUGAUUCAAUACAUGAUGCAUACGAUGCUAACUAUCCAUUCGGAGGAAAUAUAGCAUUGAGGGAUUUUUACAUUAACGAUCCGUUAGUUUUUGAUAAUUGGCAAAUGAUUGAGACGAAAGAUAUAAUUCCGAAUUUAUUCGAAAUAGCAAAAGGAAAGAAAUUUGUUCUUGCUAUGAGUGGCGAAAAUGCUAUAACAUUAAUCAGAGCCAAAAACCUACGGGUUCAUAUUUUAAGAGAAACAGUGAUAAACACGCCGACAGUUAUAUUUUUCAAAAAGUUCUCUCCUCUCGCCAAGCCCAUCAAUUCAGUAUUAAGGCCCUUGAUAGAAUCUGGAUUUGUUAACAAAGCAUAUAAAGACAACAUGAAAAAAUUGAAGCCCAAGGUGACUUCAUCCAGCGGACCAUUAAAACUAGAUCAUUAUAAGGGUUGCUAUUUCAUUAUAAUAUUAGGAUGGGUAAUAUCAGCUACAGUUUUCUUAUUUGAAAUUUUGUAUACGAAAUAUUUUCAUAUCUGA